ACGAAUACAAAAAGCUUCCGGAGGAAGAAAAGGAGCUUCUAGCUAACAUAAGCGGUCGCAUCACCUCCAUGUCAAAUGGUGAAAUUCGGGACAUACCAGCCACCAUGCUCGAAAAAAUGACAACUGACACGUUGGCAAAGCUGAAAGAGAAGAUGACACCCAAGCAACGGGCGGAGCUAUGUUCCAAGGGGUUCUCUGGCUCCAAGCAACUGUACGAGAAGCUGGAUGGUCCACUGAACUGUGAUAGUGUCAAAAAGGAAGCGGUUCGGGACAUGGAGGAGUUCGAGAAAAAACGAAUGAACAAGAACAUCCUGGCAAAGAAAGGCAACCCGUCCAGGCUUUCGGGAGAUGAUGUGGAGGAUUUCCUCUCCACUGGAUCGAUUGACGAGGAUAUUCUACAACUGAUUGACCCCGAGGAUUUCCUGUCAAAUGAGAACCUGCGGAAAACGGCCAUAAAAAGCGGUGAAAGUAAGUUGUUAAAAGACAAAUUCAAACAGGCGAAGGGGUCCCUUGGCAGUGCCACCGCUGCAGACCUCAAGAAGAUGACCGGUGCAAAAUGGACAUUAUCAGAUGCGGAUGAAUUCUCAGUGGAUGCUAUCCGUGGAGCACCUAAAGAGUUUCUUGAAGGAGCAGAUGACACAGACUUGUCCAUUAGAGCUAAGGUUGGCGAAAUUGUGAAGAAGGGUCUACCUACCAACAAAUCAGAGACUUCUUCAGACCAAUUGGCCAGCAUGUUUGAAGUUGGACUUGGUGAGGACAUUUUUGACGAUGUUAGUGACGAAACAUUUGAAACCUUCAUUGAUUCACUCACUGUUCAGGAGACCAAGGGCAAAUCAAAGACAGAGCUUGGUGCGCUUGGAGAGAGAGUCAAGAAGAGUACUAAGUACAGAAACGCAACUGCACAGACAACUGCAAACAUAAAAAAGAUCGCCUCUGCACUAGCAUCUAUGACCACGAAAUACAUCGAAGAUCUAUCCGACGAUGCUCUGGGGCAGGCAUUCAAAGAAGGGGGGCUGAAAGACCUGGCAGACGUUGAGGAGGACAAGGCAAGACGCUUUGGGAAAGUUGCUAUGGCAAGCAUACGUGAUGACGGCGCGCUGACCGCUGCAGACGUGAAAGACAAGCUUGGGGUGGAUAUUUUUAUCAAGGGCUUGGAUGGCGACGAUUUUGAUAAGAUCCCUGAUGCCACAAUUGAAAAUGACGAUAUUUUGGAGAUAUUGCAAGACAGAUUCGAAGAAAUGCCUGUGGAGAAUCAGCUGAAGGUUGUUGAAAAGAUGAAGCGGGCCAGCGGAAAGAUCACAGACAAAGUGUGUUCUCUGGGUAAGAUCUGUCAGGGCCUGACCCUGGCGGAGAUCAAGUCGUGGGACCCCGCCUUCCUGGACACCAUCAUUGCAGCAGGUGGUGCUAGCAAGUGCAAACUAGACUGCAACCUGGCACAGUUGGGCGCAAUGGCUGAGAUCCUCGUUGCCAAACUGGGUGAGCCUGGGGCCAGCAAUCCCAAGUACGACACGGAAACUGUCCGAUCGCUGUAUAUGAUCUUCCCAGGACUCUCCAAGGAACAGCUCGACAAGUUCCCUUCAGAUGAUAAACUUCCUGAGCUUGUCACCAAACUGGAGGGAACAGGAAAAUUGAGCGAAGCCAAGUGGAAAAUUCUUCAGGCGAAAAUCACUGCAUACUACAGUGGCGACAACACGGUUUCUACCGCAGAUCAAGUUACUGUUUUGGCGGAAGCCUUGAACGGCUACGAUGAAACUGAAAUCAAGAAUGCGAUCCCUUCAUCUCUCUGUGGUGACGUUGUGAAGAGCCUGAAGAACAAGGACAAAACGAAAGUGCAGAAGUCUGUCAUCGAGAGUCAGGCAAAAUACGCCCGAGAAUGUCUGACUGGAGCUACCUCCGGCCCCAUCACCACCGACGUGGUCCAGGCACUUGGAGAUUACGUUUGCAACCUCGGGGCGCAGGUCAGUGACCUUGAUGCGACUGCUGUCAAGGAUGCCGCGGGGAGCACCCUCCAGACAUGUCAACCCAUGGACGCUGCAACCCGGAAGAGAUACAAGGAGAAGAUCGAGUCUGCUGUGAAUAUCAUUGACCUUGCGUCUCUGGACACCGAAAAGAUGGGGAUGAUAAUGUCCUACCUGGCGGACGAAGCUGCUGCUUCGCUGGCUAGGAUCCCUGAGGCUGUCAGGUCUGAAGCUCUCGACUACAUAUCGGACCUCCUGGACAAGCUGGAAAUGGUUGUCGAGAAGCGAGCACCACUACGUGACGGUGUGGAUACAGCAGCGCUCCAGAAGGGAAACACCGAGGUCGUCAAGGCUCUGGUGGAUGGCAGAAUCGCCGUGAGAACUGCCGCCACAUCUGCUGCCAGACGCCGGAAGAGAGCAGCAGCAUCUCUGACUUGCGCCGACAUCAAGGCUAUGGGUCAGCAGGCCAAAGCUCUGACAAUUGCCCAACUGAAGGAACUCUCAGACGCAGUUGUCCUGGAGUGUCUCGCAACCCUCGGCAAGGUGCUGGAGUGGUCAGCCGAGCAGAAGGCAGAACUGGCCAGUCGUCUGAAAAGUGCAGCGAUUCACAACACAAAUCUCACUGCAUGGACGACAAACAACAUCAUCGACUCGGGCACCUUGCUGGAGGGACUCUCUACUACCGACCUGGGGCAACUGACUUGGACAACAUCACUUCUCGGCGUACAUGGAACUCGCCCUACUUGGACCCCAGAACAGCGUGCCAGUGUCAUCAGCAAAUGGCUUAUGAAUUUGAAAUCCAACAAUGCCGGAAGCAUCACGGGAACGGAACUGAAUACCAUAGGUCACUUUACCUGUGGCCUCGCUGACACCCAGAUCGGGUCCAUCUUGGAUGCAGCCUACGGAGACGCUGUCACCAAAAUUGGCGAACUUUCCAAUUGUUCGGAAUCUCAGCUGAAGGCUUUCGCAGGAAAGGCCAAGAAUGCUUUUGGUGCCGUCAACACAUGGUCCACAGCCACUGUCUCCAACGUCAACAACGUCAUUGGUGGUCUGACUGGUUCCGAGCUGUCACAGCUGUCGGGAAGCCACCUGGCGGAGAUCCGACCUGGCACUAUGGCCAUUCUUCCUCCCGCCACAAUCAGUUCACUCUCAGUGACCCAGAUCAGAGGCCUGUCCAAGUCCCAGGUUCAACGAAUCACUCCUGAGCAACAGAAAAUGUUCAACCCUGCGCAGCUGGAAGCGGUCAUCUCUGCCGGAGGCUACAACCUCGUCAAGGACAGCGGAGCAGAAACCAUCAAGAGGUCUGCCAUCGCAAGUGUCCUGGUUGUCAUGACAACCCUUUUCAUGAUGUAAACUAAAGGUUUAAAGUAAAGAACAGAUUUGGAGGCCUUAUGAUUCCGUUACACUAUCCCAAAACCUUACAAACGUGCCUUGCAGCUUCAUCUGUGACUAGCCAUGGAUCUGGUACUGAUACGUGUGAUGUCCAUUAAUCAACUCUAGUGAGCCAGUGUCUAGGUCCAUGUAAGGCGCAUGCUGUGAAGACAAACUUACUGCUGAUAUUCGCAACGUACUCGAAUCAAUUUGUCAGUUGCCAAGUACAGGUAUAAACGUGUAUAAACAAGACAUGUAAAUGCACAGUAUUCUUACUGAAUGUUGUUUAUCUGUUGCAUAAAAACUGUAGUAAUAUACUCAGGGAAACAAAUAAGGGAACACCACUUCAUGGCAGUAUUCCUUUAUCUAUUCUCAGAUUUCCACCCACAGCGCUAGUCAAAGCUGGUGAUGAACCUGGAAAAUUUUAAAGGAACACUUUUAUUUUCCUGUGUUCCUUUAUUUCUUUCUUUCAGUAUAUAUUCAUCAUGGCCUCUAUUUCUGUAGUUUCGAACUUCAGCAAUGAUGAAGUUGCAUUUUUUUUACAAAUUUUACGCUGAAACUUGUGUUCAUUUCCUCGUUCCUGCCUUUACUUCUCGCUGGUCUGUGUAAAUAACGAAAGCUACCGUGUUACACCUAGUAAGAAACACUUUUAGGUAGUGCAGUAACCAUCCUAUUUGGAAGUGGUUACACUGGGUUGCACGGGCAGGCUGCAGAUGGCGUGUAUGAAGGACGACCAUUGAUCGAGGAGAUAACUCUCCUUCUGGUGCUCAAAAGCUGACACUGAGCCACCUGUAUGAUAUGGUCUGUGAUGACAUGUGUUGAACGUCCGGGAAGGAAUGGUGUGUUUUUGCACGGGUAAAUCAUGUUAGCAAGUUUGUCUCUUUGUUUCCUGUACGACUAAAGGCCUUCUACUCAACAUCACUGAAGUCAGUUUGAAUUCUUCAAGAACUUACGUUUCUAACAACUGCAUAAUCAUUACAUUAAAACCUGUAAAUGUCUGCCUUGAUAAUCAUUAGUCAAAUGAUCAAGAUACAUUCAUGAUAUUUGUCUGGAUAAUAAUUCAUAUUAAUGAUUCACAUUUAUCUGCAAUGUACCCCUGGAGGUUGGCUGUUUGUCCAAAAUAUGGCUUGAUCAUCUACAAGAAUUUGAAGCAAAGGCUGUGAUAUGCUAUUCUAAUUUAUUUUAUUGUUACUUUCUAAAUAAAAUAUUUUUGUUGUCAAA